GGUGGUCUGGUGUUUCCACUGUCAAGUUUUUUAAUAGUAUAACCAUGGGAAAAAACGGGAAAAAAAAAUUUCGACCAUUUGCAGUGCAGGUUGGAAACACUGUGGAUUUAUCAUCAAUCCCAAAUGACUCGAAUGAAGAACGCUCUUCAUAUUCAUCUGCCAAUAACCGAAGGCAGAACCAGAGGGACCGCCCUGAUCUCGAUGAGGAGAGAGCAUCCAGAGGUCCUUGGAGAACUGAACCUGUUAGUCGCAAUUCUGACAGUUUUGCACCAUCUGUUGAAGGAAGUACUUGGAGACAACCAAGAAAUGAGAGACCGUUUAGAGGUGACCCAAAUUCAAGGAGGGGUAAUGAUAGAGAAUACAACAGAGAUUCUUUAAAGGAAGAGAAUAAUGGGGAAAUUGUAAGAGGAACCAUUUCACAGGAGAAGAGUAGAGGCGAUAAUUCUUCAAAUAUGGAGAAUGAAAGUAAUGAGGGCGAAGGUGAGGAUACCCACUCUUCUGUAUCAGAACAGGCUCAGCCUACUGUGAAUCCUUCCUGGUACGAAGACUCCACAUCAAAUGAUACUGAAGUGGCCAAUUCACGUCAAAAUAGACAAGAAGCAUAUAGGGAAGUACCAGAUAGGUCAACACAAAAAUAUGUGCCACCUAGGUCUAGUUACAAUUCUCAAAAUUAUAACGGACCACCAAGCAGAACAGAUGGAUAUCAAAGGCAGAGGAGAUAUGAUGAUAACGAUGGAAACGAAAGGACCACGUGGCGCAAUCCGGGUGGAUCUCGUGGGGAUUCAAAUACAAGGGAUUACCGUUCGAAUUAUAAUAACCGAGGGGACUCGAACAGAGAGGGAGAACGAAGAGAGGGACCUCAAAGGAGUUUCCCCAGUGCCUGGAAUAAGAAUGAACAAUAUUCCAAAAAUAGGGAUAAUUCUGAAUCUUCUGAGACCUUUGGAAAUUGGAGACAAGGACCAAACUCAAGGCCUUCUCCUAAGGACGUGCGUUCAGUAGAUUCCUCGAAAAAUGCAGAUAGGAGUGUAAAUUCUAAUGAUUCUUUGGAAAAUGAAGAUAGGAAAAGGAGCCCAAGAAAUUCUUCGGGAAAUGAGGAUAUGACGGUGAAUCCCGGAAAUACUUUUGAAAGCGAAGAUGUGGAAGUGAGUUCGGGAAAUACUUCUGAAAACGCAACGUCAGAUUGGAAUAAGCAAAAAAGAAUGAACUCUAGGUUUUCUUCUGAAAAGAGGGGGAAUACAAAAUUUUCCCCGGACAAGGAUGAUAAGAGAGAGAGUUUUAGACGAGGCAGAAGUAUAUUCUUAGGAAGUCCAAGUGAGGAACAAGAAAGUUUUCUUUCUUUCUUGCAUUCAAAGGAUGCCGCUAAUUUUACUAAAGUGAAGGAGGAAGAACAAGAUUUGUUCAGUGUUGGAGAUGAUUACGCAUUAGCUCACUGCGUCGCUGAGGACAUGAACAUGGGAAGUGGAAUAGCCGUCGAGUUUAGGGUGCAAUUCAAAAAAGUGGCAGAUUUGUUGGACCAGAGAGCAGUAUCAGGAGGCUUAGCUUUUCUUGAAAUCAACGGAAGGUUCAUUUAUUACUUGGUUACGAAAACUCUGUCUCGGGGAAAACCAACCUAUGACACGCUUUGGUCGUCCUUGCUGAAACUGAGGACCCACAUGAAGAAUAACAAUGUUACAAAGCUCGCACUCCCACGUAUUGGAUGCGGUUUGGAUCGGCUUGAUUGGGACCAUGUGAAGCCUAUGAUUGAAUUCCUAUUUAGAAAUGAAGAAGUAGACAUUCUAGUUUGUAAUUUUCAACCGGAUGGACUAAACAAUAAAACUUUGAAAAAAUGCAAAGUAGUUCUUGAGCAAAAACCGGUCACAGAAAUUGACCCGGAAACAGUAAUAAUUUAUUUUGCGUCUAAAGAUGGUAAAAUAACGGAAAACAUGAGGAAAUUAGAUGACAAAUUCAAAUUCCUAGCCCACUUUGAAAAGGAAUCUAAGGAUCUUGGUAAACCAGUUAGACUAGUUCCGAUGUUUGCUAAAAAAUAUAUUCUUUAUGGUUGCAUUGUUAAAGACAAAUACGAGGAUCCAUUUAGUUUUGUUGCCUUUGCAAGCUGUCUCCAUGCGAUUGUGAAAAAUUACAAGAUUGAUAAUUUCUUCUACAUAGCUUUCCAAAGCGAGGAGGAUGAUCUUCUCAAUACAAAAAUUUUGAAUCUAAUGAAACACACGCUGAAAGAUAUGGACAUUUAUAUUUGCGGCUAUUCUGAAACGCCUUCAAGUGUCGAGGAGUAGUUGGUGUUUUAUAUUAUUUCCUUUGUAUUAUCAUUAGAUUGUAUUUAUAGGAAUGAUAAAUAAACUUGUCCAAAUUUGA